AUCUUCUACAGGUAUUUUUUCUAAAUAAAUAAAUCAAACAUAAUUACAAAUUUUAUUAUCAUAAUAUCAACGAGAUUUGUACCUUUUUUUGGAUUCUUCUCUUCUCCUUCGUCUGUACUCUGCUUCACAUUCUCCUUUCUCUGCAGUUUUCUCUCUCUUUUUUAAGUUGUAGCAAUUAAGCCAAAAUGGUUGAGGAAAGAGCCUUCAUUGCUAAAGAUGUGACGGAAUUAAUUGGAAAAACACCAUUGGUAUACUUAAACAAUGUUGUCGAUGGUUGUGUUGCUCGCAUUGCUGUGAAGCUGGAAGCGAUGGAGCCAUGCUCUAGUGUUAAAGACAGGAUUGGAUACAGUAUGAUUACUGAUGCCGAAAAGAAAGGUCUGAUUACUCCAGGAGAGAGUGUCUUGAUUGAGCCCACUAGUGGAAACACUGGCAUCGGAUUAGCCUUCAUUGCAGCAGCUAAAGGUUAUAAGCUCAUCAUUACAAUGCCAGCAUCAAUGAGUCUUGAGAGAAGGACUAUCCUCAAGGCUUUUGGUGCUGAGCUUGUCCUUACUGAUCCCGCAAAAGGUAUGAAAGGUGCUGUUCAAAAGGCCGAGGAGAUUCGUGAUAAGACUCCUAAUUCUUAUAUUCUACAACAGUUUGAAAACCCGGCCAACCCCAAGAUUCAUUAUGAAACAACCGGACCAGAAAUUUGGAAAGGCACAGGUAGAAAAAUUGAUAUACUUGUCUCUGGCAUUGGGACUGGAGGCACGGUGACAGGUGCAGGGAGAUACCUAAAGGAACAAAAUCCCAAUGUUAAGCUAAUUGGUCUGGAACCGGCGGAAAGUGCUGUAUUGUCUGGAGGAAAACCCGGCCCGCAUAAGAUUCAAGGACUUGGAGCUGGAUUCAUACCCGGUGUUUUGGAUGUGAAUAUCCUUGAUGAAGUAGUGCAGAUAUCCAGCGAGGAAUCAAUUGAAAUGGCAAAAUUGCUUGCCCUCAAGGAAGGUCUACUGGUUGGAAUUUCCUCUGGUGCUGCUGCUGCGGCUUCUAUUAAAGUGGCUAAGAGGCCCGAAAAUGCUGGAAAACUCAUUGUGACCGUCUUUCCAAGUUUUGGUGAGCGAUAUUUAUCCUCCGUGUUAUUCGAAUCAGUAAGGAAGGAAGCGGAGAGCAUGCCUAUUGAGUCCUAAGCUCAAAUCUUGGUUUAGGGUCUUGGAUUCUUCUCCGGCUUGCAGUUUCUUUAUUUUGUUUUUAUCAGAAUUUCUCUUCGUUUUUUCCUCUUAUCCGAAGCUUACGAUUCACGAUCUUUAUGUAUCGGUAUAAUGCCAGUUUGUCAUGUAUGUUCCUAAACCUUACUCAAUGAUCAAUUGGUCAUUCUAGCAAUGGCAACUAUAGAUUGUGUGUUGUAUGAAAAA